CUCAAGAUUUUCCUCCUCUCCCUGUUCGCUCCAAGCUGAGUGCAAACCACCGUGCCACCGCUCCUAGGUGGGGGAUGGAGGCUCUAUCCUCCCGUCCCGAUGCUGACUCCAUGGUGAUAUCCUCCACGGGAGAGGUUGAGCACCUCAGGCAGCGCUUCUCCUCGCAAUCAGUUGUUGCUUGGUCUGUGGGAGAAACGGCCGAUAGAGUCGACAUCAACACCUUCCCUGACGAUGUUCGUAUCGCCUUCCGCAUCCACCGCCUCGACAUCCAAGUGACAAAAUAUCAUCCAGAAGACUACUUCGUCACGCUGUCCAAGCAGGCCGAUCGGGAAUCCAUUCUCCGUCAGUCAAGGUUGGAAACGCCAUCGGGGAGGGUGUAUCAGUUCAGUCCCUGGACUGAGCGCCGCCACGGACAGCGCGUCAAGCUCAGGUAUCGGGUCCGCCUCUGCCUAGAGGGGAUUCCGAUGCAUGGACGAACGGAAGCAGUGGCGGCAAAGGCGGUGGGAAGACAGUGCUCUGUCCACUAUGUGGAGGAGUAUUCUCGCCGUCGUACCUACAAUCGUACUUACGAUUUAUGGGUGAGGACUGCAGACUUGUCCUACAUCCACAAGGCAUCUUGGCUGACCCUCACUGACGCCGACGAGGAGCUACCAUCCACGGAGAUUCCACUCGUAGAGCUGGAACCACACCGGAAUCCACUACCAGAAGGAGAGAAACGAGGUGAGCUCUAUUUUGUUUUGAUCCAUGUUGAUACUGUGGAGGAUCUGCGUACCAUGGAAUCCAGGUCCUUUCCGUGGCGUUAUGGGGUCCAGGAUGCUUUUGAUCGCCUUCCCCCUCAGCCUCGGACAAGCUGGACAGAACCAGACCCGGCGUGGGGGCCAGAUGAUGACGCGGACAGAGACCGUCGCUCUCGAGGGCGUCACAGAAGCAGAUCACUGCAAGGACGCUUCGAGGGCCGCUCGUCAAGUCGCAGCAGAGAGCCGGAGCAAAGAGAGCGCCAAGUCCAAAACCAAGACAACAGGGGCAGGGACCGCACAAGACAUAGGGCGUCCCACCGCAGUCGCAGCCGCCGCUCUCGUGAGCCACUCAACCCUCCCCCUAACAUGGUUGAACCCCGCCCGGCUUCGCCCACCCCGGCAACACCUACCCCACCGUCACCGACUGAAGAAGCAGUCCGGCAACUGCAGGCAGCAGAGCUGUUCCUAGACAGGGUGACGACACCGACACCGGCGCCCAUCCUCCCGACCCCUCCGGCAGCUGCACGCAGACUCUGCAAAUCCAAGCACUUCAACAAACCGCUUCCGCCAGAUUCACUCAAGACAAUCAUGGCCUUGGUGGAAAAGGGAGGCUGCAAGGCGAUGCGCCUCAAGAGCGCAAAGAAGAAGGCAACGGUGGUACCGAUCUGAAGCGUUUUCAGCCGGCCUGAAGAGUGAUCAACCACCACAAAAUAUGCUACCUCUACAAUGUCUGCCAAGCGAUCCACCUGCCAGUUUUUUCUCCUGUUUCCCCAAGUCUCAAUGUACCCCUUUUAGUCUGUACCCUGCUAUCUCACCAAGAACUUUUAGCCCCCUCUCUAUUAGUACGUCAGUUAGUGACACCUUACAAGCUGCAGUGUUUUCUUUGUCACUAUGUUUCGGCCAGGGAGCCCGGCUGUGUUUUAGUACAAAAAAGACCUGUAAGCUCUAUUACCAGUUGCUUGAUACCCUUCCGUGAUGUCUCAAGUGAAUUUUAAGCUCUUUAAUUGGAAUGUGAGAGGCCUUAAUA